ACGCCCCCGGCAGGCACGGGCCUAGGGAGCCGCGCCGGGUGUGCAGGCGGGAAUGUGGGUGAAGAGCACUGCCCGGAGGUGAGCGCGGCAGACGCUGCCGGGCAGCCGGUAAGGUGGCCUCCCGCCGUCUCAGGCCAGCGAGAGCGCAGACGGGGAGACCCUGUGGAGUGGACAGGCAGCGCUGCUGUUGAGGCAGGUCCCAGGGUGUGCCAGGAACUGCCCAGGGACUCCGCACCAUGAUGGCCGUGGAGGGGUCGACCAUUACCAGCCGGCUCAAGAACCUGCUGCGAUCCCCAUCCAUCAAACUACGCCGGAGCAAGGCAGGCGGCCGGCGAGAGGACCUCAGCUCCAAGGUGACCUUGGAGAAGGUGCUUGGAAUCACAGUGUCCGGAGGCAGAGGACUUGCCUGUGACCCCCGGUCUGGUUUAGUUGCCUAUCCAGCUGGGUGUGUGGUCGUGCUGUUCAACCCCCGGAAACACAAGCAGCACCACAUCCUCAACAGUUCCAGGAAAACCAUCACUGCUCUUGCCUUCUCCCCUGAUGGCAAGUACUUGGUCACUGGAGAGAAAAACAUUGUGGUGGCCUCCAAUAAGGUGUCCAGCCGGGUGACAGCAGUGUCCUUCUCUGAAGAUUGCAGCUACUUUGUCACUGCAGGGAACCGACACAUCAAAUUCUGGUACCUUGAUGACAGUAAGACCUCAAAGGUGAAUGCCACUGUGCCCCUGUUGGGCCGCUCAGGGCUGCUGGGGGAGCUACGGAACAACCUGUUCACCGAUGUGGCCUGUGGCCGAGGGAAGAAAGCAGACAGUACCUUCUGCAUCACAUCCUCAGGGCUACUGUGCGAGUUCAGCGACCGGAGGCUUUUGGAUAAGUGGGUGGAGCUGAGAACCACCGUGGCCUACUGCAUCUCUGUGAGCCAAGACUACAUCUUUUGUGGCUGUGCUGAUGGCACCGUGCGUCUCUUCAACCCCUCUAACCUGCACUUUCUCAGCACCCUGCCCCGGCCCCAUGCCUUGGGGACAGACAUUGCCAGUGUCACUGAGGCCAGUCGCCUCUUCUCUGGAGUGGCCAAUGCCAGGUAUCCAGACACCAUUGCCUUGACCUUUGAUCCCACUAAUCAGUGGCUAUCUUGUGUAUACAACGACCACAGCAUUUAUGUUUGGGAUGUGAGGGACCCCAAGAAAGUGGGCAAGGUGUACUCGGCUCUGUAUCAUUCCUCCUGCGUCUGGAGUGUAGAGGUCUACCCAGAAGUGAAGGACAGUAACCAAGCCUGCCUCCCCCCUAGUUCCUUCAUCACCUGUUCCUCAGACAACACCAUCCGCCUGUGGAACACAGAGAGCUCCGGGGUGCAUGGCUCCACCCUGCACCGAAAUAUCCUCAGCAAUGACCUCAUUAAGAUCAUCUAUGUGGAUGGGAACACUCAGGCCCUGCUGGACACUGAGCUGCCUGGAGGAGACAAAGCUGACGGGGCCCUGAUGGAUCCCCGUGUGGGCAUCCGUUCUGUGUGUAUCAGCCCCAACGGACAGCAUCUAGCUUCGGGGGACCGUAUGGGCACGCUCAGGGUGCACGAGCUGCAGUCCCUUAGUGAGAUGCUGAAGGUGGAGGCCCAUGACUCGGAAAUUCUCUGCCUGGAGUACUCUAAGCCAGACACAGGUCUGAAGCUGCUAGCGUCAGCGAGCCGGGACAGGCUGAUCCAUGUGCUGGAUGCUGGACGGGAGUAUAGCCUACAGCAGACGUUGGACGAGCACUCGUCCUCCAUCACUGCUGUCAAGUUUGCAGCCAGCGAUGGGCAAGUCCGCAUGAUCAGCUGUGGAGCAGACAAGAGCAUCUACUUCCGCACUGCACAGAAGUCUGGAGAUGGAGUCCAGUUCACACGGACACACCACGUGGUACGGAAGACGACCCUCUAUGACAUGGACGUGGAGCCCAGCUGGAAGUACACGGCUAUUGGCUGCCAGGACCGAAAUAUUCGGAUCUUUAACAUCAGCAGUGGGAAGCAGAAGAAGCUGUUUAAAGGGUCACAGGGUGAGGAUGGCACUCUGAUUAAGGUGCAGACGGACCCCUCGGGGAUCUACAUUGCCACCAGCUGUUCUGACAAGAACCUCUCCAUUUUUGACUUCGCCUCAGGCGAGUGUGUGGCCACCAUGUUUGGCCACUCAGAGAUUGUCACUGGCAUGAAAUUUAGUAAUGACUGCAAACAUCUCAUCUCUGUGUCGGGGGACAGCUGCAUAUUUGUGUGGCGCCUGAGCUCUGAGAUGACCAUCAGCAUGAGGCAGCGUCUCGCUGAGCUGCGCCAGCGGCAGCGAGGGGUCAAGCAGCAAGGACCAUCCUCUCCCCAAAGGACGGCUGGACCCAGUCGGCACGAGGCCCCGUCGAUGCUCUCUUCUGGACCAGCUCUCUCAUCAGAUAGUGACAAGGAGGGAGAAGAUGAGUGCACUGAAGAAGAAGAACUUCCAGCUCUGCCCAUCCUUGCCAAGGGCACCAAGAAAGAACCAGCCUUGGUGCCCAGCCCAGCCCUGCCCCGAAGCCUGUCCCACUGGGAAAUGAGUCGGGCACAAGAGACAGUGGAGUUCCUGGGUCCAGUUCCUGCAGCCAACCAAGGGCCCAGAAGAAGGGGGCGCUGGGCUCAGUCAGGCGUGGAGCUGAGUGUUCGCUCCAUGCUGGACCUGCGGCAGCUGGAGACGCUGGCUCCAAGCUCUAGGGGUCCUAGCAGGGACUCUCUGGCCAUGACCUCAUCUGGUUCUGGGAAGCAUGGUCAGCAGCCCCCUGAGACCUUACAGAAUGAAAAGUCCCCUCAGCCUCACGCUUCCCAGCCCUGUUCCUGCCCCCACAUUAUCCGGUUGUUGUCCCAAGAGGAAGGGGUCUUUCCCCAAGAUCUGGAGCCUACACCCAUCGAAGAUGGUAUUGUCUACCCGGAGCCAAGUGACAGCCCCACCUUGGAUACCAGUGAGUUCCAGGUGCAGGCCCCAGCUCGAGGGACCCUGGGACGAGUGUACCCAGGCAACAGGGGCUCAGAGAAGCACAGCCCUGACAGCGCCUGCUCUGUGGACUAUAGCAGCAGCCGCCUUUCCAGCCCUGAGCACCCCAAUGAAGACUCUGAAAGCACGGAGCCCCUGAGUGUGGAUGGCAUUUCCUCAGACCUUGAAGAGCCAGCUGAGGGUGAUGAGGAAGAGGAGGAAGAGGAGGGAGGCACUGGUCCCUAUGAGCUGCAGGAAGGCAGCCCCCGUACCCCGGACCAGGAGCAGUUUCUAAAACAGCACUUUGAGACUCUGGCCAAUGGGGCUGCUCCAGGGGGCCCAGUCCGGGUACCAGAGAGGACAGAGUCUCAGAGCAUCUCUUCACGAUUCCUUUUGCAAGUGCUGACGCCCCCACUCAGGGAACCGUCCCCAUCUUCCUCAAGCCUGCCACUGACGUUGAAGCCAGUCCAGGUGCCGCAGGCUUCUGGUGAGCAGCUGAGAGGCAAUGGUGCUAAUCCUCCAGGAGCACCCCCAGAGGUGGAGCCCUCCCCUAGAAACCCUGGUCCCCAGCAGGCAGCCCCUGUGCUGUUGCCACGACGCCGUGUCAAUGCGGACAGCAGCUGGAUCUCCAAGAGCGUGGCCACAGCCAGCCCCUGUGGUGGACUCCAGAAAGCCCCGUCCAUGCAGAGCCUGGCGCCACAGGGUGGGGCUCUUCUGCCAGGCCCAUUACUCCUACGGGAGAUGGAAGCCCAGGAGGGCCUACGUUCCCUGCCGCAGGCUGAUGACCGGCUGUCUCUGUCUCGGCCCCACUCCUACCAGAACCCCACCACCAGUUCCAUGGCCAAGAUUUCCCGCAGCAUCUCUGUCGGGGAGAACCUGGGCCUGGCGGCUGAACCUCAAGCUCCUGCCCCCAUCCGGGUCCCACCACUCAGGCAGCUGGCCCUGCCCAGCCGGGCUCACCUGGUCCUGGACAUUCCAAAGCCACUUCCUGAUCGUCCUACCCUGGCCACCUUCUCACCUGUUACCAAGGGCCGGACCCCUAGUGAGGCAGAACAGCCUGGCUCCCCAGUGGGCCUAGGAAAGGCUCACAGUCCAUCUGAGAGACAGGCCUGUUUAGGGGAGGGUUCCCCUCCCCGGCCUAGGACAGAGUGCCAGGUUCAGCUUGGGUCCAACAGCCCCUGUGCCCAGCACCUGCCGGUCGGCAGCCUCCUCCAAGACCCCGAGAUCUUGCAGCCCCCACCCCCUGAGAAGACUCCCAACCCCAUGGAGUGCACCAGGCCAGGGGCAGCCCUAAGCCAGGCCGCAGAACCAGUGGUAAGCCUGGAGCAGUGUGAGCAGCUUGUGGCAGAGCUCCAGGGCAGUGUGCGCCAGGCCGUCCAGCUCUACCACUUGGUGGCUAGCUGCAAGACACCCUCGGUGGAGCAAAGUCGCAUCACGCAGCUCCUCAGACGCACCUUCUCUUCAGUGCGGCAGGAACUAGAGGCCCUGCCCGGGACAGUGCUGCCCAGCCCCAGUGGAAGCCCUGGGGCUGUGGGAGCUGAGCAAACACAGGCCCUGCUAGAGCAAUACUCAGAGCUGCUGCUUCGAGCUGUGGAGCGUCGCAUGGAACGCAGACUCUGAACUCCAGAAGCCUGUCCCAAGUGAAUGCUCCCCCUAUUGCAAACUAGCCCCUCUCCACUCACUAAAACCUGUGGGGAUGCUUGGAGUGGAUAGCAGUGAUCAAUGCUCAGAGGGGAAGCAGCUUUCCCAGCUGCUCCUCAUGGGGCCCCUGUAUUUAUUAAUUUAUUUCCCUGA